AUGGCACUGCUGUCAAGGAUAUUCACUCUGCUUUUAGUGGCUUUCGUUGGCUAUGCUGCAGCUACCGACAGUGAUGAUAAACGAUCGCAACAGCGCAUUAUUGGCGGUGUGCGAGCAUUGCCGGGUGAGUUCCCGGCAAUGGUCUCGAUCCAACGAAUAGUGCUUGUCCGUGCCAGCCACGUCUGUGGUGGAAGUGUGCUGAACCAAUUCCACGUGCUAACGGCGGCCGAAUGUUUCUUCGGCAAUCAAAACAGUCGCUACCGUGUACAGGCCGGCAAGGUGCUGCUGAACAGCUUCGAGCCUAGCGAGCAGACGAUCAACGUGCUUCGGUUUACGAUGCACCCACAGUACACUGGAUCGAUGAGCCCGUUUAACAUUGCGACCGUCCGGUUGGCAUCGCCAUUCGGCUACAACCAGUUCAUAACUCCCAUCGUUUUGCCUACGAUUGAUUCCAUUCCGGACGGUAUCGUAAAGUUUGCCGGUUGGGGUUCGACCACGAACGGGCUGCUACCGAGCAUGUCUGAUCAGCUGCAAAUGUUCUACGUCGGCAUAGUGCCCAACAAUCAGUGUCAGAUCAUGGUGUCCACUAAUGGUCCGGUAACGGAUCGUAAUGUCUGUCUUGGUCCGGCGACGGGUGGAAUCGGUGCGUGUUCCGGCGAUGCAGGUGGUGCAGCCAUACAGCAGAUAAACGGUAUGGAUACGAUCGUCGGUAUCAUCUCGUGGCAGGUAUCGCCCUGCGGACAACCGGGCAUUCCCACCAUCACCACCCGUGUGUCGGCGUUUAUCGAGUGGAUCAACCUUAACUCACAGAUUUAA